UCGUUUAGGCUCGACGAGAAAUUCGGGAUGGACGUAUAAGGGAUAGCAUGAAAGCAUGGGAUAUCGAUAAGAAGUGGUUGAUGAUCAAUCAGGAUCGACAAGCGGAAAUGUUGGCUUCGGGGCAUAAAUUACAGUCAGAGGAUGGCAGGGAUACACCGCCACCGCUGAUCAAUAUCUUGGCCGAGAAAGCAGGUGAAAUGUGGUCAGCCACUGUGGACGCCGGUGCGCGGGCGGUAGAAAGACAUUCCAAUCGAACGAGCCAGCUACCAAAUCCACGUCGUUCAUCCGCAAGCAUGGCAUUUCCCGUAGCACCCAUGACCUCCACUUCCACCUCCCCACCAGCGUCGAUUUACAACGCUUAUGAACCUACGGUACCGAGUGCAACCGAUCGUAACUCACCCGAGUUUUAUAUUCGAAAAUUUAUGGAAGCCGAUUUACGAGCGGUGAACGCCACAGUGGCCGCUAAUCUGGAAGUCAGUUUACGAACCCGACCCAUCGAUUGGGUCAUCAAAUUUAUCGAACUAAAGGGUGUCUACGCCCUCACCAAUGGACUAGGCUAUCUCAACCAUUUGUCAGAAAGAAAGGACCGCACGCUUGAUCUUGAAGUGGAAAUUGUAAAAUGCAUCAAAGUCCUCUUAAACACACGCUGGGGUAUUCGCGAGUCUAUAGCGCAUCCUUCGUAUAUCCAUGUAUUGGUCUUUUCUCUGGUUUGUCCUCACUGGCAAACCAGAAAAAUGAUCUGUGAUAUCCUCUUCUUUCUUUGUCAUUGUGAAGUGCCUGUAGGCCACGAGCACGUAUUACAAGGUUUUCGCAUGCUGCAGGAACACAGACAAGACUUGGGCCUUUUUGAUGCAUGGUUUUGUGAUUUGGAGCAGACCGUCGAUGGCCGUGGUCGUAUGGGAUCCUUGGUAGGCGCCAGUGAUGACCUGAAGCGACUCGGUGUCUACAACGCACCCGAUAACCAUCUCAUUGAAUAUGCGUUGUCCAAUAUGAUGCUUGUGAAUGUGCUCACCAAAGUACCGGCCGACGUCAAUGAACGUAUUUAUUUACGGAACCAACUGAAUGCAGCGGGCAUGGCUCGUAUCCUUCCAAAGCUGGAAGCUCUCAACUAUCAUCUGCUCAACGUUCAAAUCGAAACGUACAAAAUUGGUGCAGAAAACGAUCUCGAUGAUGCUUUUGGCGAUGAAUUAUCCAUGUUCUCCGAUAUAUCGCAGCCUGCGGAAUUACUGGAUCUCAUUCUUGAUAAUAUCGCUGACGCUCCACAGGCCUUGGAUUCCUUGAUCGCCACCUUCCGCAGUAUGCUUCUCAUCAAAGGCGAUGCUGAGACAAAAACACAUUAUCACCAAAUGAUCAGCGAGCUGGUGAACCAGAUCGUGAUGGAUCGACGAAGUGGCGUGUCUUCCGGAGACUUCAGUACAACGUAUGGUGUAUCGGUUGGAAACCUUAUCCAAAAGUUUGGUGAACUGGAGCGGUUGAAGCGUAUAGAAGAGGAAGCAAGCCGGGACAGAGAAAAACUAUUAAGACUCGGUGCCGAGAACAAGGAAUUGAAGCUGGAAAUAGAAUAUCUUCGUGGAGCUAAAUCGCACGGGGCACCGCCACCUGCAGCAGUAGCUUUGGAAGAUUCGCCCAUGCCUCGACGCUCGUUGAAUCUCAAAAUGGAGAAUGCGUCAUUGCGAGCGUUACUGCGUACAUCCAGAAACACGAUUGCCAUGUUACAGAGUCAGCUUAAAGAAAGAUCCGAUUUGGCAGAUAACUACGGCUCUCCCACCCCUUCGCCAAGCAAUUCGACCAUUAUACUUGGUGAAGAUUGGAAGGCUUCCAAUAGGAACCGACGAAAGGGGACCAACGAAGCUUCAACGGUCUCGGGCUCUCCUGUUCCUACAGCUGUAUCAGAUCAGCAGAGUUCAUCAUCCAGCAAAGACCAUUCAUCACCUGCUCCGCAACCUCCGCCACACAUCGAACCUGUAUCUCAAGAGUCGUUAUCAUCCUCCACCACCCAUUCUGCAACUAUUCCUCCUCCUCCUCCUCCUCCUCCGCCGCCGCCACCAGCAACCGAAUUAUCUGACACAGGUGCUCCACCUCCCCCGCCUCCACCACCUCCGCCUCCUCCACCGCCUGGAGGUAUCGCUCCUCCUCCUCCUCCUCCACCGCCUCCACCUCCUCCACCGCCAGGUGGAUUUGCUCCGCCGCCACCACCACCACCACCUCCUCCACCACCUCCAGGAGGCGUAGGUCCGCCACCGCCACCGCCACCUCCACCACCUCCCGGUGGACCCGCUCCACCCCCGCCCCCACCCCCACCACCAGGAGGUCCUGGAGCUCCUCCGCCGCCACCACCUCCACCAGGUCCCGGCGGUCCGAUGAUUCCGGCUGUUCCUGUGGGACCUGCUCGCAAAGAGUUGCGCCAUUAUCCACAGGUAAAAUUGAAGAACUUGCAAUGGCAAAAACUUGAUGCUCGCGGUGUGGACAAGACGCUGUGGAAGACGAUCGAUGCGAAAGAGGAUGAAUUAGAGGAUAUUCUGGACAAGACGGGCGUUUUCAAUACGAUCGAGGAUCUGUUCCCGGCCAAGAUCAACAACUUCUUUGAGCGUCGACUGAAAGCCAAAGUCGAAGAAAGAAAGGAUGUCAUCAAAUUCCUUACAAAAGAAAAGAGUAGAAGUAUCAAUAUUGCGGUGUUGCCUAGAGUCAAAAAUUUCGACAGCUUUGAACAAGUGCGCCAGCAUAUCCUGCGUGUGGAUGAUACAUUGUGUUCCGAGAUUUUCCUUUCGAAUCUCAUCACCUAUCUGCCGAAUAAGGAUGACAAUCUGAAAACCAUGGAGAAGUAUCUCAAGGCUUCGGACGAAGAAUGUCAAGAACUCGAUACACCGGAUUACUUUAUUGUGGUGAUGAUGAGAAGUUAUCGCUACGAGACACGUCUGCAGUUUAUGCUCUUCCGUGUACAGUUCUGGGAAAAAUAUGACCAACUUACCAAUAGUUUGAAAGAAUUGCUCGGGUUAAUCUUAUUACUCGGCAAUUUCAUGAACGCUACCAGCUUGCAAGGUGGAGCGUUUGGUAUGCGUAUUUCAAGUAUCAACAAGCUUGCCGAUACGAAAGCAUCCAAUAUCUCAUCAUUGAAUUUAUUGCACGUGUUGACGGGCAUCAUCCGGCGUCAGUUCCCACAUGUACUUGAGUUUUUGCACGAUUUAAAGGACGUGGGCCAAGCAACGCGAAUCAUGGCUAGUGUCAACGACAUGGUACAGCAGUACACAGAGUUACGUCAAGGACUGAAGCAGCUGGACAUAGAAUUGGGCAUGAAAUGGCAACCAGAAGAUGUGGAGCUUGAAGAAGGCGAUCGAUUUGUUGAAGUGAUGAAUACGCUUCGCAAUAACGCCACUGAACGAUUUGAGGAGCUGGAGACGUUGUAUAUCAAUAUGGAUGCCAAGUGGAAGGAUGUCAUGGUGUACUAUGGCGAAAAUCCCAAAGUGAUGCGUCCUGAUGACUUUUUUGGCAACUUUGCUAGAUUUGUCAAUAGCUGGAAGGAUGCGGCUAUUGCGGAAGAGAAAUACAGCCAGAAACAAGAGCGUGAAGAGAAGCGCAAACGCGAAGAAGAAGAAAGAAAACAGCGCUUGGAGGCAAAGAAGGCGGCGGCAUUGAAAGAAGCCGCUCCAACUUCUGAACCUAGAGUCGAGGCUGUGGACAUUAGUGACGAAGCGAAUACUGGCACAGAGGACGAUCGUCGUAUGAUGGACAACUUGUUAGAGAAACUUCGAACUGGCGAUGUGGAUAUCCGUUCGCGACAAAGAAGAGGCAAUCGUCGCGAGCGUGGCCAGAAUGCUCGAGAGGAACCCAGUCUGCCUUCCGUUGUUAUCGAUACAGACGGUGAAAUGAUCUCUGCCGAAGACUUGCUUAAUAAUUUACGGAUAGAAUAAUAAUUGUAACCUGUCCAAUUUAAUCAAUUUCUCAUUUGUGUAUUUCUAUCUCAUAUUUACAGUCCUUUGGUAUCCCUACCCAUUCAUAAAAACCUACUAUUUAUAUUGAAGUACUUAUGUUACGUG